UGAGGUCCAAAUUUUUCUUCAAUUCAUCUCUUACUUCACACACUGUUUUCUCUUUAAAGUUUAUUUAUAGAAGAAUAAAAAAAGGAGUUUGUUUGUGUGAUUGUAAGUGAGAGUGAGAGAAAGAGAAUAAAAGAGAGAAAAAAAGGGGUUUGACCGAAGAGAUCGAGGCCAUCAUCAUAUCUUUCCUUCCUUCUUUGCUCCCAACUCCUAACUCCAAGAAGAGUAUAUAGAAUUCAGGAAAUAUAUCUAUUAAUUAUUACAAGAACACAACUGGUGCAAGAAUAAUUGUGAAAAUAAAUAAUGGCAUCAUCUUCAAAUUCGCCAUGUGCAGCCUGCAAGUUUUUAAGGCGAAAAUGCCAACCAGAAUGUGUUUUUGCACCUUAUUUCCCACCAGACCAGCCUCAAAAAUUUGCUAAUGUUCACAAAGUGUUUGGAGCUAGCAACGUGACAAAGCUUCUGAAUGAACUCCAUCCUCACCAACGUGAAGACGCCGUGAACUCGCUUGCAUACGAAGCGGACAUGCGUCUCCGGGAUCCGGUAUAUGGUUGUGUUGGUGUCAUCUCCCUCCUCCAACACCAACUCCGCCAGCUUCAAAUGGAUCUUACAUAUGCAAAAUCCGAACUUUCCAAGUACCAGAACCAUAACUUGAGCGGUACUGCCGCUCAAGAACUUAUAGCUGCCGCCGCAGCAGCUGCGGCAGCAACCCACCACCAAACCCUAGGAAACAACUUGAUUUCCUGUUGUGGUGGUGGGGUCACUCGAGACCAUCUAUACCACCACCACCCACCCUUUUUCACAACUAGGGAUCAACAAACUUCUGUCGUUAGGGCUUUUGAUGUCAACAAUAGUUACGACACUUCAGCCGGUGUUCUUGCUAUGAAUAUAUCCACCGGAGGUAUUGGCCAACACCCGCAAUUCCAACAAACUCGAGGCGCCGGAACGGAUGAUGGGCCAACAACAAUUGAUCCUUAGGGUUUCAAAGGUAAUCACAUCCAUAUAUAAUUAUCUUUGGAGAUAUAUAUAUAUAUUGCCAAAAACAACCUCAUUUCUAGUGUUUCUAAUCUGAUUCUUGCUUCAUUGUAAUGAUACUACAUAUUACUUGAGAUGCUAUAUCAUAAUUUUAUUUAUAC